UUUUGGCUAAGAUCAAGUGUAGUAUCUGUUCUUAUCAGUUUAAUAUCUGAUAUAUGGGUCAUCGGCCCAUACGAUAUUAACUCUAUUUUUUUAGGGAGAAAGCCCGUUAUGAUAGCUUGCUAUCUGGGCUUUUACGAGUCGCCCAUGUGUUGCACUACUGUACGGGCCUGGCUCAUCCCACUAAUUACUCAGUCCAACUUACAAUAAUAAAAAUUAGCCACUAAUAAGUAAGAUCUUUCCUCUAAUGAAAUAAAUCAGUAACUUGGUGAUCGGUUUAGUCCGGUUUAUAUUCAGUUUCAUAAUUAGAAAACUCUGUUUGUACACUUCCAUUUACCAGAGAACAAGAUUCUAAGACUAUGGUCGACGGAGACGAAAUGUCAGAAUCUUUGAAUCUUAGGUUGAAAGCGAGGGAGAUUCUUGUGAGUCCAAGCCACAAAGACGUAGCGAUUGUUGUGGAUCAACUCUUUCUACGUAAAGAAUCCAAACAAUAUCAAACAGCGCAAGCUCUGUACCAUUUCUGUGUCGCUAAUUUCCCAGAUUGCUUAGCCCUCAAGCUUCUUCAGGUCUUUCAAUCUUCUUCCAAUGGCGUCACCAGAUUCCGAUCAAUCUAUCAACUCUCCUUGACUCUCACCGAUUUGAGAAACCGCGAGUUCGAACUCUCUCUCGACUCUCUUUAUGUAAUCAAAAGGGUUCUGAUUCCGUGUUUGACAAGGCAGGAGACCAAAGAAUCUGACAUCAAGAUCCUCAGAAGAAUCGUGUCUUGUGUAGCUGACAAUGUCAUGGACUUUCAUAAAGACGAAUGGGACGAGCUUGGCGAUUGUAUAUUCUUGCUUGCAAAUAAAGAACCUGUCAAGGCUUUUAACGUCUUCCUCGAUUUGCCACCGGUCUACGAGGAGUUCAUCAAGAAGUUUCUGAAGAUUAUGUUAGAUAAAGCUAAGGAGGUUUUGGUUGAUCCUGAGGAAAGUGUAGUUGAAGAUUGGAGCUUGGCUUUACAGACUCUUGUUAAAUUGGGGAUUCAGUUUUUCAGUACAGGUAUGAAACGGGACGUGAUUAAGAAUAUAAUGAGAUCUCAGCUUGUGAAUGUUCUGCAAUCAGCAAAAAUGCUAGUGGAGAUUGGACAGGAAAAGUUUUUGGUACGAGGGCUUGAAGAUUUCGAAAGGUCUCUAUCAAGAGACAUGAGUCUGUAUAAGUACACUAAAGAUCAAUGCCAUUUUGUGUCGACGUUCGUGACAGAGAUCGGAAAUGUCAGAGAAGUAGGAACACAGACCAAGGAGAUUGUAUGCAAGAUCAACAUGUUGUUUACAAAACCAUAUCAUCAGGAAACUGAUCAAGAUCAUGGAGCAGAAUUUGGCCGUGACUGGUAUGACCAUUUGAAAGAUUUAUCUUCACUAGAAGUCUUAGAGAUCUUUGCGUCAACUGAACUUGAAGAUAGGUCCAGAGAGAUAGCAAUCAGAAGGGUCAAUGUCUUACUCUCUUAUCACACUUCAAAGAAAAUGCAUAUAGACUUUUCAGUGAUGAGACAACUCCAGCCGUUGCUUAUCUCUUGCCUUCGGCAACAAGGAAUCACAGACAGUAUGUUUAAAGUCUUAGGUGAGGUGGUGAGUCACGUUGCGUAUGAGUUGUUCAAACACCAAGAUGUCACAUGGUACGCUUUACGCAAUUAUAUUGCAUCGAGUAAAACAGAGUUUCACAGAGCGGCUUAUAUCUUCCAGUGCUUAACAAUGCCGCUUGAACAUGUGGAGUUUGUGGUUCCUGUGAUUGAAGUUAUUCUCCCAGAGAUAAGCAGAAGGAUAAACCCACCAACAGAGUUGUUUGUAGAUAACAGUUGCUGGGUUUUGGCGUUUACAGGUGCCUUCUUUGCAGCAAUUCACUUGAUAGAGGUCUCAAGUCACGCUAGAUACGUUAAGGAGAUCGCACAUAAGAUGAUAGAUUCAGUGAGAGAGCUUGUAGGAAGAGGAAUGGAAGUUGGGCUUGUGAGGAGAGCUUUCAGAGAUGUGGAAGGCAUUGUGAAGAAACAGUUGCGAUGGUAUGGUACAAGCAAGUACAAAUUGGUUAAGGGUCUGCUUUGGAGACUGUAUACAAUCAAAGGCAUGAAAUGGGAAAGUAAGAUUGUGUUGUGGAGGAUCAACGUGAUUGUUGAGAGAGGAGUAGAUGAAAUGGUUAAAGAGCUGCCGGAGAAUGAGUUUGAUUGGUUGAACCUUACUGAUGAGGAGCUUGAAUAG